UAAUUGCAUGUUCAAGCUAAUACUUGUGAGGAAAAUUGCUUAACUUUAAAUAUUUUGAACAAAUCAUCUCACACUUGAGCAUCAUCAUCGUAGUACAAAAUACUAAAGUAGAUUUCUUUGCUGACAAUAUUCAAUAGCCAUGAUUUUACCAUACUAUUCUUGAAGAAACAAUUAUCAAUAGCAUGCCUAGAGAGAGAUCCAUCAACAAAUCCUAACUUACUCUUAGCAUCAAGACUAAUUAUCAUAGCUGUUGACCAACUAGUAUAAUUCCAUCAUGAGCAUGAGAUUGAGACUAUUGGUAAUGAUCUCCUGAAUGAAGAAAGAAUCGGCUAUGCGUACUGUCAUAGGACUCAGUCGUCAUGGGAAUCUAGUUAGAAUCAUCACUACUGAGUAAAUCGUGAGAUUGUUGUUGUUUUGCAGAGAAAUCUUCAGGUUCAUCUAGAAUCGGUCUAACCAACCUAUUUCGAACUUCAAAACCACCAUCGUCCUGUGUAGAACUUCGAAUUCUUAAGCUAGAUGAGCUUCCAACCUAAGACCAAUUGGUGUUAAGUGGAGUGACUCAUCUAUCUUAUAUAUUACUAAGGAUCCUUUUCAGCAUCCGAUGUGGGACACUUUGUGUCUAAUACGCCACCUCGAAAUGAUGGCUCUUUGAGCAUCAAUUUCAGAAUGCUCGGACAAGGAUCGAUGGGCCAAAUUUGGGUUGGAAGUCCAUCUAGCUUAACAUGGUAUCAGAGCCCGAUCCACACAGUCCAAUCCGAUCCACAUCGAUCUGGCCCAAAGUUGGCCCAUCGAUCCUUGUCCGAGCAUUCUGAAAUUGACGCUCAAAGAGCCAUCAUUUCGAGGGGGUGUAUUAGACACAAAGUGUCCUACAUCGGAUAUUGGAUGUGAUCCUUAGCAAUAUAUAAGAUGGAUGGGUCACUCCACUUCAUCAUUCCUCCUCGUUUCACCACCCUUCUUUCCAUUUUUAUGCUUCUCAUAUAUACGUAUAAACCCUAAUUGAUAGGAAAAUUCAUAAAAGAUUUCUAUCAAUUAGGAUAAGACAAUCUAAACUCCAUCAUUCAGUAAUCAUAAUAAAUAUUAGUCGAAAAAAUACGUACAAACCAUAAAAAUAAGCUUGCACCUGCAUGGGAGUUAGAGCGUUAUGAUUAGUGAGACACAUUACAUCAAAUUAGUGAAUUUUCAUGACUGUUAACCAUCAUAGGAACAAUAGGAUUAGAUAGAAAAGGAAUGAGUAGGAAUAAAAUUUUAGGAAUGAUGGUUCCUUAUCAAAAUUAAUGAGGAAUAUAUUUGUUCUAUAAUUCUCUACGAACAAAGGAAUGAAGAGGAAUGAAGAGGAAUGAAAAGGAAAAUACAUUCCUCAUGAAUGAUAAAAAAUUUAAUGAAUAUUAAGGAACAUAGUAUUCCUCCUAGUUCCCUUCGUCAGUCAAAAUCCAUUCCUAAUGUGACGUGUCUCGUGUCUUUUCUUUAAUGUGCCAACAGAACUUGUAGACUUGUAGUAUAAUAAAAACAUGAGCGUGUUCCUGUGUAAUUAAUCAUCUACCCCCAUUUUUCGGAUCCCAUUUGUAACGAUAAGAGUCAUCACAUGUUUCAGUCUGGCAGAUCCAGAUUAGUGGAAUUGAAACGUGAUACAAGUUGGAUUAGUUUAGCUUAAAAACAGAGUGCAGAAGAGAUCAAACGUAGAAUAUGCUUCCUUUCCAAUUUGAAAAUCUAACAAAAUACCACAUUGGUUUGAAAGGUUCUUUCACGAUUUAGAUUUGGAAUUAUUGAAAGUUGAAACAGUAUUUAGUACUACUGAGUAUUAAAAACUGUUUCGUGGACAUUGACUUUUGAGAUUAAUUUUUAUUUUGAGGUGAAGGCGGCAAUAGAAGUAGAAAGGGGGUUAUUAAUUAAAUUGCAUGUCAAAAUCUUAGGCAUCAGCAUGGUGAUUUUCUUCACAAGUUUUUCUAAAUUAAGAUAUUAAUAUUUUAAAAUAAUUUAAUUAUGUUAUUAAAAUUAAUACAGUAGUAAUUUUCUCUUCUUUUUUUGAACCAAUGUAAUAUUCUCUUCAUCACUUACUUUUUAAUUACUAUUUUGGGCAAGAGACUUUAUUUGAAAGAGUACCAAUGCAGAUACUAUGUGGGUUUGUUACUCAUCGACAAUCCAUUACAGCUUAAACAGUGGAAAUUAUUGAUUACAGAACAUGGCGUUCAAUUAGUAAGCCACCAGAAUACACCAAAUCCUCGACAAUCACGACUUAAAAGUUCCUAAAUUAACAUUUUUUAUCUUUUAUCAUAAGCUCUCUCCAGUUAUUCCGGUUUAAUUUAAAUUUACUUUUUCUUUUUAAUUAACCACAGUGUCCGGCGACUGAGAUCAACCAACUACUCUAUAGGCAAUGCAAUGUUAAAUUAUCGGGUAGUCAACAAGGGUCGAAUUGCAGAUUCACCGUAUUGGGGUUAUCCCUCAAAUUCCACGAGUCCAAGACCCGAUGGUUUUCCCGGUAUAGCACACUGAAGUAAAACAAGACAUCCUACUACAAAAACAGAGCAGCGAGUUUCUCGUGUCUAUUUUCCAGUGUCAGUGUCUACAAAUGGAAGCAUAAAAUAUGUGUUUUGGUCUUAAUACUCUCCCUAACGUUCUUAACAGCCCUCUCUGUCAUAAGACCAACCUCUCUGUCUUUCCUCGCCGUUUGCUUCAAAACAACACUCUUUCCUCCAAGAAACUCAUGACAAAACACGACUUGUCAUGUGUACAGGCUGAGAGUAGUGGCUAUCUUGAGAGUACUCGUCCAUUGACCUACUUUUCCCCAUCUACUUGGGGAGAUUACUUCCUCUCUGUUCCCAACGAUGACUCUGAAUUUGAGGCACUUGAGCAAGAAAUUGAAUCUGUGAUGAAACCAAAGGUAAGAGACAUCCUCAUCUGUCCUAACAGUUGCGACAAGGAGAAGAUUCGUAUUAUCCAUUUGCUUAUCAGCCUCGCCAUCGCUCAUUAUUUUGAGAGCGAAAUAGAAGAGAUUCUACACCAAGCUUUCUUAAAGCUGGACUACUUAAUAUCAGAAGAAGAUGAUCUGGAAACAAUUGCAAUCAUGUUUGAAGUUUUCAGACUAUACCAACACAAGAUGUCUUGCGAUGUGUUUGAGAGAUUCAAAGGUGAAGAUGGAAAAUUUAAGGAAAGUGUGGCUCAUGAUGUUAGAGGAAUGCUACAGUUGUACGAAGCAGGGCAUCUCGGACUACCGUCUGAAGAUAUAAUGGACGAUGCAUUGACUUUCACGAGGCAUCACUUGGGGUCGUUGACUGGCGAAGAAACUAGCCCAAAUCUCUUUGAGCAGAUACAACGCACAUUGUAUAGAGCUCGAUAUCAUAACAUCGAGAUAGUGGUCGCACGACAAUACAUCUCUUUCUACGAACAGGAGGAAAGACACGACGAGAUGCUCCUCAAGUUUGCAAAGCUCAACUUCAACUUUUGCCAAAUGCACUACAUCAAAGAGCUUAAGAUUGUCACGAAAUUGUGGAAAGAGCUAGGUAUGACGCCUAAGCUAUCUUACAUAAGGGACCGGAUUGUGGAGGCAUUUAUUUUUGCAGUAGGAUUGUUUUUCGAGCCAAGGUAUUCACGUGGAAGAAUUCAUGCCACUAUACUUUCAAAGAUCGCGAGUGUCGUGGAUGAUACAUGUGAUGCAUAUGCCACUCUUUCAGAAGUUAUUAGUUUUCAUGAUGCUUUCCAAAGGUGGGAUCUUGGUGCCAUGGAGGAACUACCAACCAAUAUGAGAAUUGUCUACAAAAAUACGUCAGAAAUUGUUGAAGAAAUUGAUCGAGAAAUGAGAGCUCGAGGAAAGUUUGGUCGUUUGCAACCAACUAUAGAUGAGUUUAAGAGUCUGAUGAAACUGUAUCUGACGACAGCCAAAUGGGCACGUGCAGGGCACGUGCCAAGCUUUGAGGAUUACAUGGAGAAUGGGAGCUCCUCAUCUGGACUGGAUGACUAUGCAGCUUACGCAUAUAUAUCGAUGGACGAUUGUGAUGAGCAGCAAUUGAAAGAGUGGUUCAACUCCAAACCGAAAAUAUUUAAAGCUUCAAAUAAUAUAUUUCGUCUUAGAAAUGACAUUGCGACUUUUGAGCAAGAAAUGAGCAGAGGAGAGGUGGCGAAUGGCGUCAAUUGUUACAUGAAGCAACAUGGUGUUACCAAAGAAGCAGCUGUUGAAGUAUUGAGGAAGAUGGAACGAGAGAAAUUUAAGAUAAUGAUUGAGGAAUUUGUUUUGACGAAAGCUGUGCCACGACAGAUUCUGCUGCGAGCCACCAACAGUGCACGUAUGAUUGAUUUGUUUUACAAGGAAGGUGAUGGAUAUGGCCAUCCCGAUCAAAAACUAAAAGACAUUAUUGCCUCUGUGUUCCUCCAUCCAGUUCCUCUUUGAAAACUUAUGGAAGUUAAGAGUGAAUUUAGGAGAUAUAUAAUCAUUCUACUAUCUUCAACAUCUUUUCUUUGUAUUUCAUGUGCAUUGAGAACUACUCGUGCCCUCUCUCAUACUUUUUUGUGUGUUUUAAAAAUUGAAUAAGAAACUUUCCAGUUUUAUCUAAUAAGUAAUUGUCAACUACACAUGUGCAGAGCUAUUCACAACAUAGUGGGGUCUGACCCCACCAAAUUUACAAAAUUGCUUUGUAUUUAUUCAAAUAUUACUGACCCCACUGAAUUACAUUCUGACCUCUUUUGUUUUCUGUUUAAGUCCUCAACCUUUUAUUGUUUUUUUCAAGUCCUCAACUUUUUAUUCUCUUUUUUUUUCACCUUCAGUUUCAGUUUUCUAAUGUAUAUGACCCCACUAAGAAAAAAUUUCUGAUUCUAAAACUGAAUGCUAGUUCGGGAGCUGAAAUGACGUAAAGGAAAUGUAAUGAGAGAGUCAAAGCUGAUCUUUGUAUUUAGGGUUUGAAGAUUCUCGUAGCUAGACGAGUCCAUUUUUACAAUGGGUCGCGAGAAGUUUAUAAUUUAAAAUUUGGGUCACCAAAGUUUAUUGAUACACUAACCAAGUUUUAGGGUCACUUUCACAUCUACUAGACUCGUGGUGGUCUAGCUGGCAAUCUAAGACCCCACAUUUAUGGAUGUUAAGAGAAAUCAGACAAGGAAGAAAGGUCGGUAAAUUCCAUGUUAGCUCCGGACAUCUUAGUAUGAAAAGUGUACUUUGAGAGAAGGGAAUAAGUCUCCUUUAGUGACCUUUGUGUGUCUAACCAGUCUUCCCAAUUAGGCAGGUUAUCAAAUCGCAGUGUUUCAAGGGAUGGACUUGAGCAGAAUUCGGAACCGAUGCUUCUAAGCUCGGCUAUUCCUGAAAUGUGAAGUUUUUUUGAGACCUAGUACUAGGCUAGUAGUUGACGAAGAGAUGGCAAACUGGAAUAGUGCUACAUUCGCUUAGGCGUAUGCACCCAAUCAGGGCCGUCUCAAAUUAAUUUUAGACCCUGUUCAAAAAAAUAUAUUAAUCGUACAUUUUAUCAAGUAAUUUUAAAAUUUAAUAAUUUUAUCUGAUUUUUUUAAUUAUAAACUCUAAAUUUAACAUUAUAUCUAAAAUUUUGAAGUUUCUGACCAUAAUUUAUCUAUAUAUUUUUUAAAAUUCUUAGACUUUUUUAUUUUUAUAUUUCGGGGUCUUGUUCGAUCGCUCCACUUGCGCGUGCUGUUAGACGGCCCUGCAUCCAAUCUUGAGAAUGUGGAAUCACUCAACCAACCUGGAAACCUUCUUCCGUUGUUUCUCUUUGUGUUGCUAUCUGAGCUACUAGAUCCAGUUCUCUAGACAAAAUCUAUCUCCUUUAGAUGAGUUUCUUUCUGUCUAAAUUUUCUCCUGCAGCAUCAGCGACGUCCACAACUCGUUGUAGCUAGACAAAGUUCAUUGAGUUCUCCAAGUUCACAAAUCCUUGUCCCACCACUAGCAGUGAAGAACAAAUUUUUAAGAGUCUAGAUGCUCUUCAGUCUACCAAAUAUCCGCGGCACCUUAUUUCUUCGUCCCAAUCAGAUCAAGAUACCACAGCUUAAUGAGGUUGCAGAUGUUGUAGGUAGCUCCUUUAGACUAGAACAGUAUGCCUAAAAAAGUGCUGCAGCCUGCAGGUUAUACAUAUAACAAAGGGAUUUCAGAAGUUUCUGGAAUUCAAUGCAAGAGAGAUCCAAAAACAAGGCAUGGCUUAGGAUAUCCUUUAGCCCUAGGAAUCCGAAGUGAGCAUGCUCUAAGAUCAAAUCUCGCAUUCCUGAUUUGUACCUGACGGUAAAUUGGUAAUUUUUCUUUUUUAGAACUAACUACUAUGCAUACAGUUAUUCUAAUUAUUACUUGAACUUCUUACGUUAUAAUAUACUAGGUUAAUACCCGCGCUACGCUGCGGACAGAGAUUCUAUAUAAAUUUUGUAUUUUACAGAAUUAGUACUAAGCUAAUUUCAUAAUGUAAUUUCUGCAACUCUUGAUAGUGUAUCAAAUUUGCUUAAACAAUUUUAAAAAGUAUACACACCAAUAGAUAUUAUAAAAUUUUAUCUUAUUGAUAAGGUGGCAUUUUAAGGUGUGACUUGUUUCUUCUAUGGCUAUCAAGAGUUGUUUUUAGAAGAAUCUGAUCUGAACAUGUUACAUAGGUGGUUUGUUUUUAGAAAACUCACCAAAAUUCUAUUGAAAAAAAUGUGCUAGCAUGGAAAGGUAUACCGUGUACCUACAAUAUACAUUCAGACUUUAGCUUUUACGGUGCUUUUUAUUAAUCUGAGAUAGUCAUAUACAACUUUCGCAUAUGGAUUGAACAUCAACCUGAGUUUGAAAACAAAUUAAAGAUAUGAAAAAUAUUUUGUCUUUAAAAAAGAAACUCUAUAUGAUCUACAUAAUACUUUUCAACAUGAAAAAUAAGAACAAAUUCCUUUCGCUCUUUUAGAAAAAGGAACAUUGUGAAAUUAUACAGCAAGAAAAUGUUGUAACAGAUGAAAUCCUUGUAAAAAAAAGUAAUUCCAUUUCCAGAAUCAGUACUCAUGAUUCAUUGAGAAUCUUGUGCAGAGGUUCUAAAACUUGAAACUUAGUAAAAAGUAAAAGAAAUUUUAGUUUUCUAAUUGUCUAUUUAUUUUUCGUAUAUUGAUAAUAGAAAGUAAAUCCUUGAUCAAAAUAUCAAACUCUACAAUUUCAUUCCUAAUGUGCACAUGACGAUGACAUGUAGGAAAUAUUCUUCUAACAAUUUCAGGAGAAAGUCAAAAAGACCUAAACACAUUUCCAACACUAAGAGGAAAUGUGUACACAGCCUCCUUAAAGGUAAACAUUAUGACCAUAAAUUAUGGCAAGAAAAAAACAAAUAUCAAAACCAGCAAAAAAGGUUGAAGGAAUAUUAGAGAUUUCAUACUUGGAUUCUCUCGGAUGAUAUAGCUUCACCAUUAACUCUUAAGGCCAUCAAAAUGACAAAUGUUACUUUCUCUUUCGCUUACUUCUUCGAUGUCUCUCACAUUUUGACAUUGAAAACAUAAAAAAAUAAAGAAGUUUGACUGUGGUUAAUCGGGCCUCCUCAUGGUCUUGGACUGCAAUUUUGUUUUAGUUUUAGAACCUUCAUCUCCUAAUUUGCCAAACAAAAGUUCUCACAAUCUCGAAAUCUCAGUUUCAUUAAAGAUCAUUCUUAAGAGCGAUGAAAAGGUGAGAACACAUUUAGUGUUACGAAAAAACUUGAGAAAAUCAGCUUAAAUAAACUUCAUGAGGCUCAAAUUUCAUCAGCUCCUCAACAUUCUUCACAACAUUAAUCUUCUUAUACAAAACACCUUUCAUUGCCUCCAUGGCCUAAAUACUCUAUUAUAAAAAUCUCUUAUGCUUCAUAGUCACUAUUUCAGGAUUGAAAAACAAAUGAAUGACUAAAUAUUACCGUAAAAUUCCCCAUAUUGAAGGAGACAAAAGAAAGCAGAUUAUCAUAUAGACGUUUUUAACAAUGGCCAAGUUCACCGUUACCGUCACCUUUUCUUCUCGACGUUGGCUCACUCAGUAAUCGUUGCUGAUAACCUUACCACUUUAUCAGAUGAACCCGGCCCAGAUACCACAAACCCAUCCCUUACCGUAACCGUUUCAGGACCAGAAUUAAUGUAAACCGAUAUCACUAUACGACGAAUUUAGUAAACUUUCAUCUGAAGA